CAUAAUCUUGUCUGUCUAUGAUCUUAGCGCCAUAUGCGGUGGCUUGAUUCUAAAUUGAACUGGGAUACUGAAGUUCCUCCGCUUGUCUUUGAGGCGCCAAUGAUCUUCAGUCAUGUAAUUAAAAUAUAUAUUAAAAUAAGUCGGAAAUGUCAAGCCAUAGGGAAUUGAAGGAGGCGUUUGUCAGUAAUCUGAAUGGGACCAGUCUCGGGGAAGUUGCCCUGGGCUCAUUUCUGGCCCCAUUGUGCCUGAUUGGCAGAGGACAGUUUCUGAUCCUGUAUCAUUUGGGCAAGGGGGUGCUCCCUCUUCCCUGGAUACCCCAGCUCGUCCUGGACUUCUCCAUGAUCGUACUCCCUCUGGUCUUAUCGUGUACGGUCUUGAGCGACUUACUCCACCUGGUCAUCCUUGGCCUGGCUGUUCUGGCAGGGGCUGUGCUAUUCUGUAUCUGCCAUGCAAGAAAGUCAAAUGCUGUUGUGCACUCGCAAGAUACUGUUGCCAAGUGCUUCCUCCAGAGCCAUGUUCAUUACAGUCAGGUCCCCUUUGUGACUAUUUUUCGAGUUCUGGUCAACGUGAAAACCGCUAUAAGCAUUCUAGCCGUUGACUUCAGCGUGUUCCCGAGACGCUAUGCCAAAACCGAAACGUACGGGACCGGGGUCAUGGACUUUGGCGUAGGGGCCUAUGUCCUUGCCAACGCCCUCGUCUGUCCAGAGGCUCGCAGGAAGGAAGUCUCUGGGUCCAAGUUGAACCAUGUGGUUAAACAGCUCGUGUCUGUCUGGCCCUUGGUCGCGCUAGGCCUGGUCAGGCUGGCGAGCAUCAAAAUGUCUGACUACCACGAGCAUGUGACAGAGUACGGUGUACACUGGAAUUUCUUCUUCACCCUAGCCAUAGUCAGAGUAGUGGCAUCUGUUCUCCUGGCCCUCUUCCCUGUCCACAGAUCAUGGCUCCUGGCCCUUCUGAUUGGAGGGCUUUACCAGGUGAUGCUGGAGACAUCUGGGCUGAAGCAUUCCAUCAUCCACAACCGUGACAGGACAGGGGGCUUUUUGCAGGCUAACAAGGAGGGGGUUUCAUCGGUCGUGGGCUACGUGGCCAUCUACAUGGCAGGGGUCCAGAUCGGUCUCUACUUGAUGCGACCCAGGACACAGGUCAAGGAAUGGAUCAGAGUGAUUUUAAAUCUUUUGUUGGGAAGUGUUGUGUUAUAUACUGCCCUGGCUGUAUGUCAAGCAUAUGUGGAGCCGGUGUCUCGCCGAAUUGCAAAUCUACCAUUUUGUCUCUGGACAAUUGCUCAGUCUUUGUUUUUCUUGACCUGUUUGUCAACUGCUGAUAUGGUGUUGCUUUUUAUAAAAAAUGUGUCAGGUUGUUCAUGGGUGUCCUCUUCCUGGAAUCCCAUUAGACGGGAUGCAUCUGCGACAGAGGAAAAAAUUAAGGAGAAGAUAGAGGGACUUUGUCUCAUUCAAGCGGUGAACCGUAACCAAUUGUUGUUUUUCAUGCUUGCAAAUUUACUGACUGGAAUGACAAAUGUGCUAGUAGACACAUUCAACUGUAGUGAUUCCAUGUCUGUCUGUGUUUUGCUGUUGUACAUGUUCACUAAUAGUUUUGCUAUGUACAUUUUACAUCUAAUGAAAAUCACAGUAAAAUUCUGGUAAACCCUGUACCAUUCUUUACAAUCCCUGCAUGUUCUGUUUUGCUGACACUUUGUCAAUAUUAAAAAGGUCAUGAGCACUCAUUAAAGAAACCCGGAGUGUUUCAGUCAAUCAAAUGUAUUUAUAAAGCUCUUUUUACAUCAGCAGUUUUCACAAAGUGCUUUUACAAAACA